GUGCAAGUAGUCCAACAUGGCGGUUACGUUGCUCGGUUGAGAGUGUAGUGGAAACCGCGCACAAGUUAAGAUAUUCAGAUUAUAUUUCAGUGGCAGGGAGUGCAUUUAAACAGAUUAGUGUGUGUAGACGGCAGUUAUCAGCUUUUGGAAAUGAAGGGGAAAGAGCGGUCGCCGGUGAAGAAACGCUCCCGAGCGCCCGAUGAUAGCAGAGACCGAGGAGGAAGCAAGAAGACCGGAUCCCUUUCGUCGGUCGGCAGCAACAACGGCAACGGUUCAGCUCAUGGCGGCGCUUCAUCCAGGAGAAGUUUACACAGUGAGAAAAGAGACAUUAGGGAUUUGGACGGGCACAAUUCAUCCAACAGGACUGGUAGCGGCUACGACUACGGAGUGGUUUCGGGGAACAAGUCGUACGGCGGCGCUGACAUCGACGCGGAAACAUCCAGGUCUGGUUCACGCAGCGAGCCGCGGCCUCCGUCAGCUCCUGAAAACGAGUACAAGACUCUCAAAAUAAGUGGACUGGGCAACCAGCUGAACGACGAGGAGAUUGAGGACGGACUGUUUCACGAGUUUAAAAGGUUUGGUGAUGUGAGUGUUAAAAUAAGCCGAGAAAACGACGACAGGGUGGCGUAUGUGAACUUCAGGAGGCCUGAUGACGCCCGGUCGGCUAAGCACGCUCGCGGGAAGCUGGUGCUGUACGACCGGCCUCUGAAAAUAGAGACAGUGUACACGAACAGACUCAGGAGCCGCUCCCCUGUUUCAAAAGACAAUUUCUCCCCAGGACACAGACAUCUCCACUCUCAGCGACCUCUGUCUCCCACUGGUAUGGGCUAUAGAGACUACCGGUUACAGCAGUUGGCGCUGGGCCGGCUCCCCCCUCCUCACCCUCCACCUCACAUAAGAGAUCUGGAAAGAGACAGAGACUUUUCUGUGUAUGAUGCCAGGAAUAGACCCCCGUUCAUCCCUGAAUGUGCUGUUUACCGCGAGGAGGACCUGAUGACCCCUGAGGAUGACCAGAGGGCAAACAGGACGUUGUUUCUGGGCAAUCUGGACGUCAGUGUGACGGAGAGCGACCUGAGGAGGGCGUUUGACAGGUUUGGGGUGAUAACAGAGGUGGACAUUAAGCGGGCGGUGAGAGGCCAGAGCAACACCUAUGGGUUCAUCAAGUUUGAGAAUCUUGACAUGGCUCACCGUGCCAAAGUGGCCAUGUCAGGGAAAGUGGUAGGCCACAACCCAAUUAAAAUUGGAUACGGUAAACCCACGCCCACGACCAGGCUGUGGGUGGGGGGCCUCGGACCCUGGGUUCCACUCGCUGCACUGGCUAAGGAGUUUGACCGCUUUGGCACCAUCAGGACUAUAGACUACAGAAAAGGUGAGGUGUGGGCUUAUAUCCAGUAUGAAAGUUUGGAUGCUGCUCAGGCUGCAUGUACUCACAUGAGAGGCUUCCCUCUCGGCGGCCCUGACAGGAGACUCAGAGUGGACUUUGCAGACACAGAGCAUCGCUACCAGCAGCAGCAGUAUGUGCAGCUCCCCCUCCCCCUGCCACAUUAUGACUUUGUUCCUGAGCCCUUUGCCCAUCGUCUUACAGACUCAGUGAGAGUGAGGGAGAGGUCUCCUCCAAUUCCCUCUCGCUUCAGAGACAGAGACCCCUACUCCAGUGCUGAAUGGUCCGGCAUGGGUGUCCAUGACAGGAUGCGAGGCUUUGAUCCCAUAGAUCGCCUGGACAGGCGUUCCCAUGACACCUGGACAAUAGAGCGUGAGCGUGAGUUACAAGGCCGAGAGCUAAGCCGCAAAAGGAGACAUUUGGAUGAUGGCAGUCGGCUGGAUCAUUCACCUGACAGCAGUGAUUUUCGUCGUCAUGGCAGCUCAUUAGAGCGCAGCCCAGGAGGGAGCAGCCGAGAUGGGGGACGCUACAGUGACCCUGAACGCCUGCCUCGCUCUGGUAGAACCUCACCUGUCAGAGAGCGCCAGAACGCUGGCUUUGGAGACAAGAGAAGAAAAACUCUUAGCCCAGCUGCUCCAGGUUUCUUUUCUGAGAAAGACCGCAAACACAAAACCAGUGACUCAUCUAAGAGCCCAGCAAAGAAGGAGGAUCGCUUAGAACAUCCUUCUUCCUCCUCUUCCUCCAAGUCUGGCCAGCAGUCAAAGCCAGCAGCUGGAGGACAGAAACUGAGUCAGGUCUGGCAGGGUGUCCUCCUGCUGAAGAAUAGCAGCUUUCCCACAUCACUGCACAUGUUGGAGGGGGACAUGGCGGUGGCGACCAGUCUGCUGUUGCAGGGCUCCGCAGGGGAGCAGUCAUCCCAGCUGAAGAUCAGCCAGCGCCUGCGUCUGGAUCAGCCCAAGCUGGAGGAAGUUUCUCGUCGCAUCAAGGCCGCCGGCACCAGCGGAUACAGCAUCCUCCUGGCCGUGCCUGGGAAAUCCGAAACCGCGGGGGUCCAGGACGCCAGCAGCUCUGCAGAGAGACCACUGAAGAACCUGGUGUCCUACCUGAAGCAGAAGGAGGCGGCCGGCAUCAUCAGCCUCCCUGUGGGGGGCAGCCGUGACAAGGACCACGGAGGAGUCCUUCACGCUUUCCCCCCAUGUGAGUUUUCACAGCAGUUUGUGGAUGCCUCUGCCAAAGCCUUUGCCAAAUCAGAGGACGAAUACAUGGUGAUGGUCAUUAUCAAAGGAGCGUCAUGAAAAAAAAAAAUCUAAAUGUGUCUCUUCACACUCAUGAUUUGUUAAACUGUGAGUUGUAAAAACAGGGAGAAGUAAUGACAACAAAACAGAGUAGCAGAUAAAGUUAGGGGUCUGAUUUUAAGUUCCCUGACCUGCAUGGUAACUUGUAUCUCAUCCUGUUGAAGGUUUGAAAUGAAAGUCACAUUGAAUUGAGUACAUUUUGAUAAACUGAUGGAUUUGAAUAUCAACACAGGUGACAUGCAGCUUUCUGCUACUUAGUUAUCAGAUAAAUGUGCAUUACUUGAAGGGUACUCUGCUGAAAGUAAUUCAGAGCAAGCUACAGUUCUGUGAAUCGAUACUCUAUGUUGCCUUAUCUCAUUUAAAAAGAAUCCCCAGUUCAUUUAUAUCAUUUCAUCCAAUGCCUGCCUAUAACAAAAAAGAAUUUAUGAUCCAAAACAGAGUAUUUUGCUUUCAUUUUAUCUGUAUUCAGCAUAGAUUUAACUGGCCAGUGUCGACAUGUUUGUAGUGCUAUAAUGUUUGUCCAGCCAGCCUAUGAAAGAAUUAAAUCAAAGUCAUGUACAUAUGAUUUAGGAAAUAUAACUAUUUGCUCUAAAGCUUUACCCAUUGCUCAUUGAUAGGCAUAUUCCAGAUGUGCAUCUGUAUUACUUCUUUUGCUGAACAAGUAAACAUUUUGAUUCAAAGAUUUAUUACAACAGCUUUUCUGUUUUUGUCAAUUUUGGCCAGUUUUGCUUAAAACUAAAGAUAAAUGUGGAGAUAACUUUUGCAGAAGGGCAUUUAAUGGUUAUAGUAGAGCUCAUUGACAUCAGUGCUCCUUUCUGAGCCACAUCUUGAGGUUUAUGUGACAUUGCAAGGUGCUGUUGUUCCUGUCUGUUUCACAAUUUUCACUAAGCACUGGUAUUUGUAUGUAGGGGUGGAAACAAGCAGCAAUAACCUGUGUUGUAAUGCAGCUCAAUACAACAACCGUGCAAAGAAUACUAAAGCUCGUUCUGUUUAGUUUGUGUUGAAAAUAAUGUUAAAAAGGAGGUUUUAAGCUCUGUGUUUAUGUCUGUAUUGAGCUGCAUUAUGUUAAAAGUUAUGCUUUAGUGCCCAGAUUUAUGAUUAUUUUCAUUUUAUGAUUAAGUCACCAUUCUUUGAUUUUUUUUUUUUAUUAUGUUUGUAAAACAUCAAAAAUAGUGAAAAACAUCAAUAUUUUUUCCUAAGGUGAUGUUUUCAUGUCUUUGAAUAGUCUUUUCUGGUACUUCUAACAAUCUAAACCCCAAAGAUUUUUAGAUAAUCAUCAUGUUAAUCAAGAACAAGCAACAAAUCUACACAUCUGAGAAGCUGGAAACAUAAAAUGUUUGGCAACUUUGCUUGAAAAUUGACAAAUUGAUUGAUUAACCAAUUACUGAAAUUGUUUCAGAUUAAGUGUCUGUCGGUCUGACUAAUAAUUUCGGCUCUAACAAUGGAGUAUCUCAACAAAACUGAAAUGUAACAGCUGUGCAGAGCUAAUGGAGGAUGUAGGUUUGUUGUUUUGAGUGACAUUAUAUUUUACAGGGUUGCUUUUGUGUCCACCCCUUUAUAUUGUACAUUUAUUGGCAUCAUAUUCAAUUUGGCUGAACAUUCAAUUCUGUUAUAACCCACUACUGUAGUGACUACCCCAGCAAAGCAUGUACUGUUUACAAAGCUGUAACGUAUAAAUUAAGAGCUCUAUGUAUGCCAUGCACAUCCCUAAUGACUGAUCAGGAGUCUGGAAGUAGAAAAUGUUGCUAUACAAUGAGUGGACUUCUGAAUGAAAGCGAGGAGAGGAGGCCGACCUCUGUGGCCUUACAAGCUUUCCUCCGAAAGGACUGUUAAUGAUUGUUUUUCAUGCUUUGAUUUGAGUACUGUGUUUCAAAUGGAAAAAGAA